AUGCCUACUGACGCCUCGAUCGAAUCUGCCUCAACUUCGAAUAACCUUUCGUAUCGAAAAUCCCACAUAAUGGUACCGGAACACAUAGUCCAAGAGGUAAUGGAUGACCCUCGCUUCUCUACUGACCUAGCCUUCUCGACGAAUGCCUUUAACCACGCGCGUCACGCUGUGCGCAACCCCCCUCUCGGGACGCACUCGAGUGUAAAUAAGAUCGGAGCGGAUUACCUCUUCCCCAACUCACCCCGCGCUGACAAGUGGCGUCGCGAGCGUCAUUUUCUGCUGCACAUUGUAGCCGAACUAGGCGAUGUCUUGCUAGCGUACGAGUAUCUCCGUCUCGGACUCGACCCCGACAUCAAGGACUUGCAUGGCAGGACUCCCAUUUGGUUCGCGCUACAGGCUGCUGUCAAAGUACAUACUACACCUGACAAUGUCAUGGCGCCUCAAGAAAAGGUCAAUCGUCUGGCGCGGUAUACCAGGGUCGCACGGCUUCUCAUCGAACAACACAUCGAUGUUAACCAAUCUCACGAUGGUGUAACGCCUUUGAUUCUUGCAUGUAAAGCACGCGACUGGGAAACGAUCUCUUUGCUGCUAGAGCACGGUGCGAUAAAGAAUUUCGCGACGAAAACAUAUUUUUCGACCGACAAACACCGAAAGAAGUUUAUGGAACUGGUUUCGACAAAGUCUCUGACGGAAGGACAAGAACGCCCUGCCCGCGUUUGCCCAUGUUGGUCUGGCAAAGUUCUCCCAGAGUGCCAUGGCAUUCAAGGGCGUCAUCCCUACCCUCUUUCAUUCCUGUGCGUCUGUGGCUCAAAGAAGUCGCAUGAGAGCUGUUGCGCACGAAAGACUCCGGUGUUCGAAUACUGGGAAGGAACUCACCUCGUACCUUACAGUCUGACAACGGCCGAUAAGCCCGCAAGCUAUCAAAAGCUGGGCCGCGCGAUGCAGUCACUGUACUUUGGCAAAUUUAAGUACCGCCCUGACGGUACACUGCGGGAUCUUGACAGCUUUCCAGACGUGCCUUUCGCUGCUCUGGAUAACGUUACGUUGGAGAUGUUCAGGCAGGAGAUGAUUAAGUUGAAUUUAGUCGACCCAGCGUUUGCAUAUGCGAUGUCAAAGUAUAGGUUCCCACUUCCGUCCAAUAGAAACGCCGGGGUUCGAAAUUGGAAAACUGGACAGCAGGUUAAUUGGAAUAGAACCGUCGACGAAUACAUCGCGUCCGGAGUGGAUUCGCGUCCAGUGUUUGAGAUCGAAAGAGCGGCCAAGAUAGGUCAGUGGGGAGGUCCUCUUGUUAGGGAAUGUGAAGGUCCCGAAUGUGGCAAGCUGGAGUUCAGGGACGUUCAAAAGAUGCUAAAAUGCUCCAGGUGCCACAUUACCCCAUACUGUUCCAAAGAAUGCCAAACCGCAGAUUGGAAGAAUCAUAAAUCAUUAUGUGGCACAGAGAAUCAAAUCACACCGUUCCUUCCGUCUCAAGAUAAUAUCAAUAAUUAUAUGAUAAAGGAGCUGUCAAAGGAGCCCGAAUACAAAGAAUACAUGUCAAAUUGGGAGUAG